CGACUCUCUUCUGUGCCUAGACGCCCGACCUGAGCAUUCAAGUCUCCGGCUAGUACUACAAUAUCUGUCGAACGCACUUUCUGGAGAAGAACAGAUAACUGGUAGUAAAACUCAUCCUUGAUUGCAUCCGGGCUGCAAUCUGUCGUGGCAUAGGCGGAGAUGACGAAAAGACAUCGUUUCUCACGCCGAUUUCUUCUCACUUUGAUGGAACUUUCUAAUCUAACAGCACAUAACCGAGUGUUAAUGGGGAUCCAAUCGACUAGGGCUGCCUCAGCUCUAGCGCUUAGUGUGACACCAACGCCAGCAAGACCAGACGAAGAUGCCACAGGGUGCGAAUGUUGAAGGCAGCCAGUUUGAAUGGUGCACGUGGUUUCAGAAAAACUGCUUCAGUUCUCGUAUUCGGUGGUAACAUGCAAUUUUCAACCGGACAGUGACUCGAGAACGUUUAGAUACAGUCGAAUUUCCACCAAAGACGAGCCGCUGUAUAAGUAUAAAAGAGGGUGAAUAAUGUGGAAAAUAAUAAUAAUAAUAAUAAUAGUAUUAAUAAUGACAAUAUUUGUAAUGAUAAUAAUUUGAAUCAAUCGAUUGUUUUUCGAAGCGAGAAAAGUAAAUUCCAUAGACAUAAAGAGUUCAUCAUUUGUGUGUGGGCUGUGAUACUGCCCGGGUGCCCAAACCGAAGCAGGUGGUUAUCUUAGGGGGCCACACCCCGAGCCUUCGACCUAAAGGUCUAACCCACAAGGCAGUGGAGCAUUGUGAGGAGAAACAGCCCAUUGUAGCCGGUGACCAACGAUUGGUUCACACGCCAUUUGUUCCCACAGGAUACUGGAGCCCAUGUGCACCAUUGGUUUGGAAUCCGGUUAAAGCGCCGGACAUUCGCUUUUCGUCCUCUCAUUUUUGUAAACAACACCCCCGCCACGAGAAGGCAAUGAGUAGGACUUCCCUGGCAGAGGCUGUAUACGCGUGGCCGUGUGAGAGUAUUUCGAGAGGGAGAGCGGACUCUCCCCACUCUCGGCCGUACCAGGGCAUUCGGGGGCCAUGGUUCAAAUAAUUUCGUAUUGUUCGCUUAAAACGUUUACCAAAAAAGGCAUAUCUUUCACUUAGUUCGUAGAGGAAUGUAACGACUAUAUGAGUAGAAUAUCAUGAAUUUUGUUUUAGUUUUGGUUCUCUGAGCUGGAUGGUUUGGUCGUGGAGCUUUCAUCGUUCUUCUGAACGAUAACAUCAGUACAAAUUUCAGGUAGAAGUUCUCGUCGUCUGCAUAUCAUCUGUGUUACUUUAAAUUCAUCAUUAUAAAAUGAAUUUAAUCAGAAGUAGUUUUAACAUACACACAUCAGUGUAACUUAACAAGAAUGUAAAUCAUUUUAAGAGACAAAAUAAAAUAUUGCAAAUGUAUAGUUUUUAUAUGAAAGAAGAACAUUGUACAAUAGGUGUUGUUCUAAUUUUCACAAUGGAAAUCUUUAAUAUUCUAAAAUCGCGUGUGGACCCUGUUGCAUUCAAGUCACUCAAUAAGUUUCCGAAGUUUAAUGUACAUCUCACAGAAGCGAAAAUGAGUUUAACAAAAGCAACUCAGAGUUCCUGUUACUCUACUCCAAACCUUUGAAAUUAUCUUAGUAUGAAUUUCUUUCAGCUAAAUAAUAUACUGACUUCACAAUUUCAGAAUAUUUUUUUGUAUAUUAUUGUUUUCCUAAUACACAUAGAUGAUCGUAUUCAAGCUCGCCUUUAUGGUGCAUCUUUGGUCUGUGCUAAUAUUAGUCGUUGUUUGAAAGAACUUUCUUAUCAAUAUGGUUUACAACUAGACAAUUCGGUCCCUGUAAAUCAUCACUCUAAUGGAAACAGAAAAAUUGUAAAAUAUCCCGAUUUUUUUAUUUAUUGUUGGCGUGGAGGUCAAAGAUCUAAUUCUUUAGCAACUAUAUUAUCUGAAGUAGGCUGGCCGGGUAAUAUAUAUACACUUGUUGGUGGAUAUCGUUCUUGGCGUAGACUUCUACUUCGUCAGUUGGAUGCAUGGCCUCGUUGGUCUAUACUGAGUCCGUUUUGGGUCAUAUCUGGUCUUACUGGUUCCGGGAAAUCUUUAAUACUUCAAGAGUUACACGAUCAUGGUGAAACCGUUUUCGAUUUAGAAGCUUUGGCUAAACAUAAAGGUUCAAUGUUUGGUGGUGAUUGUGUAUUAUCAAAUAGUGACACUAGCGAUCAUCAAAGCUCUACCAAUAAAGGUAGUCAACAAAAGUUUUUUGAAUCUCAACUUCAUUAUGUAAUGAUGACAAAUAAGCAUCGAUUGUCAUCCUGCAAAAAUAUUUUAUGGAUCGAAUGCGAAUCACGGCAUAUUGGACCACUUUGUGGGUUAUCUGAUGGUUUAUGGUCACGAUUAAGAUCUACAGAUCCAAAUGUUGGCACCCAUCGAUUAUGGAUUGAUAUUACAGAAGAAGCAAGAGUUGCUUGGAUUUUAGAAAAUUAUUCUACUGUUACUCGGAACGUUCCAAAAGUUCUAUCUAUUCUCAAAAGAUUAACUCAAUUGGAUAGCCCGAACAUAGUUCUACUGUGUGUAGGAUAGAAGAAGAUAAUCAGUGGUGAAAGUUAUUCAGUUAAGUACAACUAUUGAUUACUGGGUAGUGGCUAGUAUCAUAUUUGUAUAGUCCUCAGUGUUAGUCAAAUUUUAUUGAACAAUUUGCAAUCUGGUCUGGUCUAAAUGAUUUAAAAUUGCCUGGCCUAUUUUCCUAUGGUAGGUAUGUAGGUAGGUAGAUGACUGGAGGUAGUUGGUAAAUAUUUGUCAUGCAGAAUAUCGGUAUCUGCAAAACAUCUGAGUGGUAACGUUUCAGACUGCGAGGCUGAAUAACUCAGAUGGGGAUCCGGUAGUGAACAGUAAUGCACUCAGUAUCGCAAUUGCACCUUGCUGACUAGUGUCAUCUAGCUUAUACUUUUCGAUACCUGAGUAUAAAUUUUGUUUUUUGACGUUAAGUUAAGAUUCGACUCUGUAGACUGUGGCAGUGUCUAUCAUUUGAAAGCAUACCAAAGACGUACAUCAACCUUGUCCAGGCUCUUUACUUGAACACUAGUGGUUGAUUUAAAGCUUAUGUCCAACUCAUCAGAAUUUUCAACUUCAAGUAGUGUUCGUCAGGGUUGUCUGCUUUCUCCAUUUUUACUUAACUUUGUCAUAGAUAUACUUUCAAAAAUAAUACAUUCAUCGUCUGACUUUUCAAGGACUGAUCUCCCACCAAGAUAUUCCCUUGUUUUCUUAGUAUACGUAGAUGAUAUAAUUCUGUUUGGUGAAGGCACUGACAAAAUUGAUAAUAUUCUGAGCGCUUUAAAGAAUAAUGCAAGCAUGUUUGGGAUGUGUUUCUCUUUCUAAAUGAAAAAAUGUUGCUUCGACACUGGUCUGCAUCAGCAUCCAAAUAAUGACAAGUACGAAGUAGUUGAGUGCGUGUAUUGCUACUCUUAUCUUAGGAGUCUCAUCAGUUCUGAUUGGCUGUUGUCUAAUGAAAUCUCAACAUGUAUUCGAGAAGUUCGAUCGACUUUUGCCAAUUUGCAUCACUUGUGAUGUAAGCGAAAUAUCCGUCUUCCAACCGAAGGACGAGUUUACCACGCAGCAGUUCGCUUCAUCCUUUUUUAUGAAUGUGAAACAUGCCCAUUAAGGGUAAGGGAUAUUCGUAGGUCACUAAUAUUCUAUUAUAGGUGUCUUCGAAGCAUUGUUCACGUAUUUUGGAUCCAUUUAGUACGCGAUCAUUGGGUUAGGAAUAAAGUACUAAAUAAGGAUGGCUAAUCGAUUGAUGAGUUAGUAAACCUUCACGAACUGAGGUGAUUGAAACAUGUGAUACAUAUGCUCGACCAGUGCCUUCCUCGACGGUCGAUUUCGUCUAAUUUAGGAGUAAUCUGGGAGAUGGCUAGAAGAGACCAAACCAAGCCGUGGGGCCAAUCCAUAAAGUCAUUGACAGUCGAACUGGGUUUAGAUUGUCUGAUUGAAGUCCAUGUGAUUAUCGUAAUCAGUGGUUAGAGACUUUGAAUGACGUCGUGUAAAUUGUUUGUAAUGGCUCAAGCGCAUCCACUUUCUGUCUUUUCGCAAAUUCUGACUUCAUAAAUCCCUCACAUAUUUCUUGUUUCACUAAUUUAUAUUUUCUCAGAUGGUAUCUUCGAUGUCCAAUCUUUCGUAUUACCAGUGUCACUAUUACUAUGUCUGCUAUCGUAUGAUUUGACCUGAAAAUUUCAUCUUGGUGUGCUACUGGGUUAUGGCAACUUGAACCGAUGUACAUAUAUAACAGGUUCUACUUUGAACAGACCGACUGACUUUUGUUUAUGGAGUCCAAUGUUCCAUCACAUACAUACCUUUCCAUCUUCUCUUUUCAAAUCACAUCCUCGAUCACCAGUCUUCGUUAUCAAUGUUUUGUACAACAUUAUAUCUGCCUUUCUUGUCGCUAAUUUUUAUCUCGUUUUGCUAAUGUGGUAUGUUUCGAUGCACGUCUAUGUCAGGCUUAUAUUGUUGAUGAUUCGCAUAGUAUAAUUCUAGGACAAUAUCUCGUCAUACUUUGAAUAUACAGGGCUUGUAAUAUUCCGCUCUUUAUAUACUUUCAUCUUUUCUUCGUUGGAUUACAUUAAUGGCUUUAGUUGCCUCAUAAUUACCUAGUCGUUGUGUUUAGGUGGGGAAAAAAAUAACUUUUAAUAAAAUUGUAUUUGUCUUAUUUAUGCUUGACUUCAUUUAGUUUCUCUUUUUAUUAUAAAUAGUUUAAAUGAAUAUAUACCAGAUAAAUUGAUUAAUCAGUGGACUGAAAUGGUACAUCGUGAAGAUUUCACCAGUUUUGUAACCGGUUUACUUCGACAUCAUUAUGAUCCAUUGUAUAUUAAAAAUCGUCGUCACAUAAUAGAAGAUGCGAAAAAGAAUGGUUUAUUCCAUCGUAUCUCUCUUCAUAGUGUUGACAGAACAACUAUACAAACAAAAAUUAUACCACAGAUAUUGGAUUUAGCAUAUACUACAAGUUCUUCUAAUCUACAACAAAAUCAGUUACCUAAAAGUCAUAUAGCUAUUUAAACUUUUGCAUUUUUCUUUUGUAUCUUUAUUCAUAUGAAACAUAUUUCAUGUCUUGUUUAUAACUAAUAUUAAUACAGAAUUGAGUAGCUUCAGUAUUUUUUUAUAUGGUUUAUAUCAUUCUAUUUAACUGUAUAUAAUGGAAAUACAAAAUGUACACUUGCAUGUAUAGAACAUUACCAUAGUUAUUCAUAAUGAGUUAGUUUAUACACAAAAUGCAGUUAGAAUCUUUUUUUGGGGGGGGGUAUCUUUAUUUGUAAGGAUUAAAUCAAAUAUAAGUUCUGGACAGAAAUUCAGUUUUCAUUUUUUUAUUGUUGUUGCAUGUUUAGGUAUAUGUCUGUUACAGAUUUGUUUGAAUUAUGCUAUUUAUAAUUAAAGUUAGUUGAGACGUUUAAAAAGAACUAAAUGUAAAGAUGUAUACAUUCGUAGACUGCCCUGGUACAUCCGAGAGUGAGGAGAGUCCGCUCUCCCUCUCGAAAUGCUCUCACAUGGCCACGCGUAUAUAGCCUCUGCCAGGGAAGUCCUACUCACUGCCUUCCCGUGGCGGGGGUGUUGUUUACAAAAAUGAGAGGACGAAAAGCGAAUGUCCGGCGCUUUAACCGGAUUCCAAAUCAAUGGUGCACAUGGGCUCCAGUAUCCUGUGGGAACAAAUGGCGUAUGAACCAAUUGUUGGUCGCCGGCUUCCAUGGGACUGUAUCUCCUCACAAUGCUCCACCGCCUUGUGGAUCAGACCUUCAGGUCGAAGGCUCGGGGUGUGGCCCCCUAAGAAAACCACCUGCUUCGGCUUGGGCACCCGGGCAGUAUUUCAGCCCUCACACAUAUCAAAUGAGAUUUGUGUGGAGCAUAUGUAUAUGGUGCCUCCUUGUACCAAUAUCUAUGUGUUCAAAUAAAAUAAUAAUAAUAAAUACCCAUGACCUUCGCACACUGCUAAGGAGUCCCAUACUAGGAUGAAACGGCUGUUUAGUGCUUCCAGGUUUUCAAAAGUGGUCUAACCUAAAUCGAUUCAUGAAUUUAACUGUUAAAUUAAUACAAUCUUCACAAACCCCCAGUGUGAAAAUAAUGUUUUAUUACUUCUGAAUACUAAUGACAUUCUAGGUUGCUCUGAACGAACUAUUAACGAUUUUAUUGCACAUAUGGUUUACUCUCUCUAUAUUAGAUGGUUAGCCAGGAACUAGUCUGCCAAAACACGACUCAAAUCAAAACACGUAAUUAGCCUGUUUAGCACGUGUAAUAAUAGAUAACUGAGUAAGUAAAAAGUUUAGGAAAAUGUCUAUAAUACUUCAUAUACCUGUCAUAUUAUCUAUCGGUCUACCUGGAGAAACAACUGAUCACUGUCUAUUUUUACCUUACUUACGCCUGUUACUCCUCGUGGAGCAGCAUAGACCAUCCCCUAGGAUUCUCAAUCGAACUCUGCCUUAGGUAAUCCUUUGCAGUUUCUAUUCAUUUUUUUCAUAACUUCUAAUUCCCAACGCAAUAUAUUUUUUGGUCUUUCUUUUUUUCCCUCCGCCUAGGAUUCCAAGUUAUGGUAUAACUCGUAAUGUAGUUUGAUGAGUUCCGUAAUGUAUUUUCUAUCCACCUCACGUUUUUUUCUAAUUUCCUCUUCAUUUGGGAGCUGGUUUGUUCUCUUCCACAGUAGGCUGUUGCUGAUGGUAUCCGGUCAACGGACAUUGAGUAUCUUGUGUAGAUAAUUGUUCAUAAAUACUUUUACUUUUUUGAUGAAGUUUGUGGUAGUUUCAUACAGUAGAACUGUCUUGACAUCCGCAUUGAAGAUUCUGACUUGGAUGUUGGUUGAAAAUUGUUUUGAGUUCCAUAUGUUCUUCAAUAGUAGGGAUGCUGUUCUUUCUUUGCUAAUCCUUGCCUUCACAUCAUCUUAUUUUGUCGAUGAUCCUGCUCAGGUAUUUAAAUGAAUCUCUGUAAUCAUUUUAUUAAAUCUGUACGGUUAUAUACUAAUUCCAAUUUGGGAAACAAAUUGUUUAAAUCAUUCAAUUUCUCAACAUUGAAUCUUACUAAGUUAAAUCCUCUACAAAUUUAUAAACAUGAAUUAUCAACAAGUUGUAGUUUAAAUCGCCGUCCUGGUAUAACGUAUCCGCGACCAGUUAGUCGCUAUUGGGCAAUUAGUAAAAUGAGGGAUCCUCAUCAAUACACAGUUGAUCCACUCCCAUUGGUACGAACAGGAGGACGAGGACCUGACGGUAAUACAUUUGACUGUAUUAAUAAUGACAUUUUACUGUUACAUAUUUUCUCAAUUACUUUUCGCAUUUAGAAUAAUUUCUGUAACAGAGUUAUUAAAUCAAGUCAACUUCGAGUUUGUUUUUUUUUCAAGUGUACACAUAAAAUUCAAUAAAACUAUGAAAUUUAGUACACUGAUGAUUUCCUUAAGGUUUUUAAGUUGUUUUUUUUUUGGGGGGGGGGAUAUCAGUAGCAGCUGAAAAACAUUGAAUAAACGAAAUAUAUGUGGAAUGAAGUGGCAAAUUAACGUCUAGUUUGAUAAGUGUUUUCCAGACCUCUAAGGAAAUAUAAUAAAUUUCCCAAACGUUCAGUUAACAUCAAAUAGUAGUACUUGGUACUUUCAAAUAACAGUUUAUGAGUUUAGUAGUGCCUUUUUGUAUAUCAUACCUAGUUUAAAAUUAUCGCAACUCUUACGUUAUCAUUCAACUGCUAAAAUGGAAUAACUCAACUAAUUUAAAGCCUAUUUGUUAGUUUGUUUGUUUUUUAAUGUAAGUUUUCUGAAGUUCCGGUUCAAACUCAUGAUUUAUGAAUCUCAUUCCAGAUUAGCAUGGUUGUUUAUCGUUGACACUAGAUUAUGAUUACUUUGUUUCAUUAAUUGCUAUGAGUUGUAAGUUAUAAAUCAUUGUAUAUUGAACAAUCAGUUGAUGGCUAGAUUCUCAUUACUUACGUUCAGAUUUGUGUAAAUCUAGGUGAAUUUCUUGUUAUAAUCCUUCAUCAACUUUUUGAGCCUUGCUUUUGUAUAUUGAAUGAAGUCGACAUGACUCAGUUUGAUCGCCUGAUUGUUAUAUCCGAGUGGAGAUUAAAUUACAGGUAACUUCCGAGGACUAUUCAUGGACUAAUAUUCUAUAAAUAUUCUUAUUGUAUAACUACUCAACAAUGACACUAUGUAUAUUUAUAUCCCUCUUAUGACAAGCUUUAUUUUGG